CUGACUUCCUGUAAGUAGAAGUUCCCGUAAGCAAGCAGGAGUGAAAACACAGGCUUUCCCUUGAGCGGCAGAGAGUAAUCUGAAAUCAACAAGGAGGAACGCUGCUGGAAAAUGGCCUUUAAUGCCCUCCUGCUCAUCCUGCUCCUGCCACUUGUCAGUGGUCAGGUGUUCCACUGGGGUCCCUGCCCAGAGCCACCUGUCCAGUCAGGCUUUGACAUCUAUAAGUACCUUGGAAGGUGGUUUGAGAUUCAGAAGUUGCCGGCGUCAUUUGAGAAGGGAAAGUGCAUCGAGGCAAACUACUCUCUAAGAGCAGAUGGGACUAUCAAAGUAUUUAACUCAGAGUUCCGAAGAGGACAGGUGAAGUCAAUCGAAGGGACAGCUGUUGUGCAAGAUAUCAGACAACCAGCCAAGCUUGGGGUUAGCUUCUCUUACUUUACCCCCUACAGCCCGUACUGGGUCCUGUACACUGACUAUGUGACCUCGGCCAUGGUCUACUCCUGCACUGACGUUCUUAGGCUGUUCCACGUCGACUUUGCCUGGAUCCUUGGGCGCGCACGCACACUGCCUGCAGCCACCAUCAACAGUGCCAAGAUCAUGUUUACCACCAACAACAUCGACGUCAGCAAAAUGAACCCCACGGACCAGCAAGGCUGUGACAAGUAACACUAGAUGACGGGAACAAAGAUCAGCAUUUUUGUCUGAAUACACAUAUUUUUAAUCAGGGCUGUCUGCAUAGUUGUCAUACAUUUGUUUUUUUUAACUGAAGGGAAGGUCUGACUUUAGCUUCUUAUUCAUAAAAUAAUUUAAAUCAAGACAGAAAAUCAUGUGAAUUUAAAAUGUUGAGUCGCAUUAAUGUAGAAUUGAAAAUUGAAAAAAGUAUACCGGUAAUAACUACAUUUGUUGUUAAUUUAAUUGUCCAUACUGAAAGUUAAUUAUUGCAGCGAGUCAAUUUUAAUGAAUUCAUUUUAGCUAAUCAAUACCAUGAGGUUGCGAACAUACUUAGAAAUUAAAGUAGAUUCUGAAGGAAUGCUCACAAAGUCACUUACAAUAUACAGGCUGUUUCAAUUCAUAUGAUGGUAGUAUUAUACAAUACAUACAGAUGGUGUUAUACUGCCACCACAUGGUUUUGACCUAGAACAGCAGCUUCAUGCUUGUUGCUUGAAAGAUGCUAGUUACAAAUAAACAGAGAUGGGAAAUCCAAGUUCAGAAAGAAAGAGGCCUUGCUAGUAUUUUAUUCCAGUCACCUGGAUUUGCUGACUAGCAGAAUUCUUAGCAGAACUAAUUAGUGAAAUCAGCUGGCUCAUAGAGUUCAUGGAAAUGAAUUUUUUGCAGACAGGGGGCAGCACAGUACUGGACUUGGCUGUGACACAGAAACAGUGUUUUUUUUCUCAACAGUACAACCGCAUUACCACUCUUCUUCCCACACUACUGUUAUACUCAUUAUAUGAGAACCACUACAGGCAGUGGUGUGAAUGUGCUGCUGGAAGCCCCUUAGCUUUUUACACAAACCAUGUAAUCUGUCUCUUCCUUUUCCUGCGACUCCUUUUUAUUAUCAAUGUCAUUAUUCUUCUAGAAUGUGGUGCAGUCCCUGCACAGAGGUAAGGUAAUGUCAAACCAAAAACACCUGAUAAAUUGUGCCCUUACUUUUGCUAAACCAGUGGCUCCCAUGUGUCUCUCAGAUUUAAUAAAUGGUUUCUGAAUGGGG